AUGCGAAGUAAAACAAUUAAUAAAAUAUUUAACUUAACAAAAAAUGUGUAUAUACUAUAUAUAAUAAUUAACAUAAAUUCAAUAUUACUUUAUGGGCAUUCAACAAUUAACAAAUAUGAAACUAAAAGAAUAAAUUUUCAAAAGAACUUUUAUGUAAAAUUAUAUAUUAGGAAACAACAAAUAUUUAAAAAUAAUUAUUUUUAUAAAACAUCUCAUGCUUCAAAAUUUUCAUUAUAUACAAAAAAAAGGCAUAAAGAAGCACUAGAAAUUAAAAAAUAUAGAAUGAAAGGAACAUCAUCAAUAGCAAGACAUUACGGAUUUAAGGGAAAAAAAAGAAUCAAUAAAGUUACGAUGUUACCUCUUAAAGAAAUUAAGUUACCAAUAAGGAGGUGUAUGAUUCUAAAAAAAAUGGACAAUUGGAAUGCUCGUAAAAUUUCAAAGUCAGGUAUAAGAACACAUAGAAUACAAAGGUUGAAUUUAAUUAAAAAAAGAAUUUUUUUUGAAGAAGAAAAUAGGUUUGUAAAAUUAAAAGUUAGUGCAAAGGGAUUAAAGACAAUAAAAAAAUACGGUUUAAAUUACUGUUGUAAAAAAUUUAAUUUAGAUUUAAGCAAAAAGAAAUUUGAUGCUGGAUACUCUUUAAGGAAAAAAAAAAAAAAAAAUGAUAUCAAUGAAAAUGAUAAAUUAAAUGAAAAACCAAAUGAAAUUUAUGAAGAUGCAGAUAAAAUAAUGAAGAAUUUAAAUUUAAAUAAUUAA